ACCUUUGCCCUUUGCUUGCUGCAAGCUCGCAGUUCUGUAGCUGCGAGUGCUGCAAUGGCGUCUGGGGGUUCAGCUUCUCCAGCAGCCAGUGGCAACGUCCCGCAGAAAAUUCAGCGGCUGGACGAAGCCGUUGUCAAUAAAAUCGCUGCAGGAGAGGUGGUGCAAAGACCUGCAAAUGCCAUCAAGGAGAUGAUGGAGAACAGUCUGGAUGCAGGGGCCAUCAGUAUACAGGUUGUAGUGAAGGCAGGUGGACUGAAACUUAUCCAGAUUCAGGACAACGGUUCUGGGAUUAGGAAGGAGGACAUGAUGAUAGUGUGCGAAAGGUUCACGACAAGCAAAUUGAGAAAAUUUGAAGAUCUCUCCAGCAUCAGCACCUAUGGCUUCAGAGGAGAGGCUCUGGCAAGCGUCAGCCAUGUGGCUCACGUCACCAUCACUACUAGAACUGCAGAGUCAAAGUGUGCCUACAAGGCGUCAUAUGCUGAUGGGAAGAUGUUGCCGUCAAAGCCAGGGGGUUUGGCUGAGCCACGCCCCUGUGCAGGGAACCAGGGGACCCAAAUUUCAGCGGAGGACUUGUUCUAUAACAUGCCCACCAGGAAGAGGGCUCUGAAGGGCUCUGAAGAGUACAGCAGAAUAGCUGACAUCAUCACAAAAUAUGCGAUCCACAAUUCGGGAGUUGCAUUCACUCUAAAGAAGCACGGAGAGCCGGUGGCCGAUGUGCGUACUCUUCAGUCCAGCAGUCUGACAGAGAACAUCGGCACUCUCUAUGGCGCCUCAGUUGGCAGGGAGUUGCUGGCAGUGUCCUGUGAGAACUCUAGACUGGGGUUCAAGAUGUCUGGUCACGUGACUAACGCCAACUACUCCGUCAAAAAGCUUCAGUUUAUCCUCUUCAUAAACCAUCGACUUGUUGACAGUGCGUCUAUUAGAAAAGCCAUUGAGUGUGUGUAUGCCGCAUACUUACCAAAGAACUCCCAUCCAUUCAUUUACAUGAGUAUUGAAAUUGCUCCAGCUAAUAUCGAUGUCAACGUUCACCCUACAAAACACGAGGUUCACUUCCUGCACGAGGACGUGGUUGUUGAGAGCGUGCAGAGGGCAGUGGAGGACGGGCUGCUGGGCUGCAAUGUGUCCAGAACCUACUACACCCAGGCUCUCCUGCCCACCCCAGUCUCUCUGGAGACUGGUGGGGGAAAGAAAGGAAGUGGCUCAGAUAAGCCUUCGUAUGCCUACCAGAUGGUUCGUACCGACUCUAAGGAACAGAAACUGGAGGCCUUUGUCGUCCCAAGAUCGCUCCAGGUUUCAGCAGCACAAUCUACAUUAGAACUGAGCGGAGACAGAGAGGGAGAGGGGGCAGCAGAGGAGCAGGGUGGGGUGAUGGUGGAGGAGAGGGAGAGAGAAGAGGGAGGGGAGAAGAUGGAGGAGGGAGGGGUUGAGGGUGUGGAGGAAGGGUCAGUGGAGUCUGAAGGGACAGCUGACCCAACUUGUGGUGGGGACUCCAAGGGAAUGAGUGAGAGUGGAGCAAGUUCAUCCUUCAAACUCCAAACCUCUUCUAGAGUCUCUUCAUCAUCAGCUAGUGGAGCAGGUCUGUUGCAGAGUUUCAGUAGAAAGAAGUCUCGAAGGAGGGAAGUCAAUUUCACUAGUGUUCUCAACUUCCAGCGGGCCAUCCGGACCAACCAACACAGAGAUCUGACAGAAUUGUUUCAGAAUCACAAAUUUGUUGGCUGUGUGGACCAGACCCGGGCUCUCAUACAACAUCAGACAAAGCUGUAUUUGGUAGAUCUCUCAAGAAUAACGAAGGAGCUGUUCUCCCAACUGGUCAUCUUUGACUUUGCCAAUUUUGGAGUUUUGAAACUAUCGCCAGCAGCUCCGGUGUUUGACCUGGUGAAGCUGGCCCUCGAGCUCCCUGAAAGUGAAUGGACACCGGAACAUGGGUCUAAGGAGAAGAUAGCACAGUACGUUGAAGAUGUCAUGAAGGAAAAUGCAGAAAUGCUGAAAGAGUACUUCUUCAUCGACAUUAGAGAGGAUGGGUUGCUGUACUCCCUGCCACUGUUGCUUAGUUCAUUCUCACCAAAUCUCGAUCGUCUUCCUCUCUUCAUACUCCGACUAGCCACUGAGGUUAACUGGAAGACGGAGAAGGAAUGUUUCCAGACAUUGGCCACCGAGUUUGGGUUGUUUUACGGUCUACAGCAUGAUCCAUUCCUACUGGACAGCUCUGAGGAAGAAACCAGUGGAGUUGGGGGAGAGGGAGGGAGGAGGGGAGACAGGGAAGGGAGGAGGGGAAACAGGGGAGGGAGAAAAGAAGGAGUGAGUGGGGAGGUCCCAAAGUCACUGUACAAGAAACAGCCGUGGAGGUGGACAGUGGAACACGUCAUUUUCCCGGCUCUGCGAGCGAAUCUUGUAGCUCAGAAGAACAUGGCGACAGACGGGAGUAUUCUGCAGAUAGCAGACCUGCACGACCUCUAUAAGGUCUUCGAACGUUGCUGA